ACCUAUUUUCAGGGCUAACCAUUUGGAUUGAAGUAGAAACAACUGAGUAACCAAAAUCGGCAACGAAAGUGGGAAAAUGGAGCGAUUACGAUCUCCGGACACCCGCGUGGUGCAAAUCGGCAACUACAAGGUGAUCCGCAAAAUCGGGAGCGGCUCGUUCGGCGACAUUUAUCUGGCCACCUACAUACACAGCGGCGAGCAGGUGGCCAUCAAGGUGGAGAGCACCAGUGUGCGGCAUCCGCAGCUGAACUACGAGCGGCGUCUCUACCGGGCACUAAGGCCAGCUCCGGGCCUGCCCCGGAUUUGGUACUACCACAAGGAGCCGCACUACCAGGCGAUGGUUAUGGACCUGCUGGGUCCGUCGCUGGAGCGACUCUUCCAGUUCUGCGAUCGGGCCUUCACCAUCAAGACGGUGCUGCUGCUGGCCGAGCAGAUGGUGCGCCGCGUGGAGUACGUCCACGGUCGGGGAUUCCUGCACAGGGACAUCAAGCCGGACAACUUCCUGAUGGGCCGCGGCAAAAUGAGCAAGCAGGUCUACCUGAUCGACUUCGGACUGUCGAAGAAGUACCUGGACGUAUCCACAGGAGUGCAUAUACCGUACCGCGAGGAGCGAGCCCUCACCGGCACCGCCCGCUUUGCCUCCAUUUCGGUCCAUGCCGGAGUGGAGCCCUCGCGACGCGACGACAUGGUGGCUAUCGGCUAUGUCCUCAUGUACUUUAACAGGGGCUCCUUGCCGUGGCAGGAUUUGAAGGCGUCCACCAAGCAGCAGAAGUACGAGCGCAUCCACGAGAAGAAGGUAUCGAUGAGCAUUGAGGCGCUGUGCGAGGGCUAUCCCUGCGAGUUCACCAUGUACCUGAACUUUUGCCGCGGCAUGGGAUUCUACGAGCGCCCCUCGUACGACGCCAUCUGCCGGAUGUUCAGGAUGCUGCGAAGUGGACUGAACCUGCGGCCCGGUCUCGUCUACGACUGGGACAUGCUGACGAUGAAGUUCCACAACAACCAGCCCAAUCCGGGCAUCGGCAGGCGCGAUUUCCCGCCCAAGGUCGAUGAGGAUGAGGGUCGCAGUGGGGAGCUUAUCGUCAAGGACGAGAAGUGCAACUACUGGCCGUGAGAGGCCACGAAACUCUAGAUUCGUACAGACGCAGUGUGUAAAGUAAAUUAAUAGUCAUUCCAAAUUAACUGCUUUAUCUCAAAUAAAACGAAUGAAUUGCUAAGUAAAAACUGUAGAGAACCUAGUUUAACAAUAUAGUAUAUUUUCAAAUCAUGUUUGUUAAAUAUGAAUAGUAUAAACCUUCCUUUUUUAAAAACAUUUAUAAUUUUAAUAGAUAUAAACGUUUAGAUUGUAUUAAAAAUAAAUUUUUAAAGUCAUUGCAACAUAAA